AUGUCCACAUUGCACGAGCGCGACCUUCAUACCGGCUCAUUCGUGUCUGCAAACCCAGAAGUCGUUGUGCUGCCGCUUACCAUACGGAAAACCACUCACCCUACCCAAACUUCAUCUAAUACACAGACGCACCAGGAUACUACAAACAAUCGAAACAGCAAUUUCACUUCUAUCAAUCGUGUGCAUAGGAAGCCAGUGGCUGGAAAGGUUACCAAUAGUCCACCUAGAGUGGUACGACCGACAUCUUGUUCCGCUCAGGACGGGCGCUGGGCGGGUGAUACUAUUACAGCUGUGCUGCAUGCGCCUGUCACACUUCAGGGACGUGGGUGCAGGAGCUCAGUGGCGGGAUUUGAGCUGGACAUGUCGAAGUGUGGAAGUAUAAUGCAUUCGUCAAGUAAGACUGCCUCCCCUGGUACCAUCGAGCAACCGCCAAAAACACACCCAUCAUGUCUUCGCCCCGGAGUCCACAUACUCCGCCGCAGCUGCUGUGAAGACCAACCUGAAUACCUCGUCCCACCCCACGACCGCCUCUUCACAGCCUCCUCCAAUGAGCCUCCCCCUCUCCAUAUAUUUGCUCUUGUUCGUGCACCUGUCACCAUGCCUCCGCCACAACAUGUACGUGAAUUUGGUAUGAAGCAUGAUAUUGAAGACUGGUUAUCUGGGAUUCCACGCUAUGAUUAUUUUGUGGAUGGACGGCCGUUGGUGGAAUCGAUUUGGACGUGGAGGGAGGUGAUGCAUUGGCGUUGA